CCAUUAAGCUUUCAAAGGAAGAUCUGCAGUUCCUCUUCGGGGAUAAGGAAGCCCCUCCUCACUCCAUCAUCAACAUCCGCGCUCGCCCUCGAGAAAAGCGCUCCUCCUCCACCAUGACCGACAACCCGGGUCUCCUCGACGUCGUCCUCGAAGACGAGGAGGACCAGAUCGAGUUCGAACUCCACCCCAACAGCCUCCUUGUGUCGCCUCACUUCACCCUCGUGGUCCGGGGGGACGAGGGGGUGACGGAGGACAGGGGGGUGACGCUCCCCUCGUGCAUUUACGUGGGGGAGGCCAAGGGGAACCCCGACACCACGGCGGCGCUCUCCAACUGCGACGGGCACGGCUUCGUGAGUGUUACUUGA